AUGGUCCGAGUAAGCGAGGCAAUUGAAGACGAUCAUCGAAAGCUGGAGACUUACUACAACAUUAUCGUCAACUCCACAGACGAGGAUGAGCAAACCCGUUAUCAGAACCAGUUCACCUGGGAACUGGCUCGACACGCCGUCGCCGAAGAGCUGGUAGUCUUUCCAGCAAUCGAGAAGUACGUCCCUGGAGGUUCAGCGAAGACCGACGACGACCGGCGCGAACAUCACUCAAUCAGAGAGAUGCUCGAUGUUUUCCAAGACCUGAAUGCUUCUGACCCUAGUUUUAUUCCUACUAUUACCCUUUUGAUGGAAGGUCUUGCUCGGCAUAUGCGAGACGAAGAAACGAACGAUCUGGUGAGAUUAGAGGAGUCGGUGACCUCCGAGGAGAGCGAGAAACUGGCUCAGUCUCUCAAUCGCACCAAGAUGUUCGUGCCCUCUCGCGCACAUCCAAGUGAUCCCGACAAGCCGAUGUAUGCGACUGCAGCUGGUCUACUUACCGCUCCCCUGGAUCAUCUGCAGGAUAUCUUUCGGAAGUGGCCAGAGGAGGACACCAAUGAGCCGUGGAUGGAGUAG